GCGUGCGGAUCGAGAAGCAGGUGUAAAUUUGUUGCAGUGAUUUGUAACGGAAAUUUUAGCAGUUCGAAAGUCGCUACAGAAAUCGGUAACGUUUACAAUAGAAUCGGGAAUUUUUUAGAAAAGGAUUUCUCGCUGUCAACGUCGUAUGUGAUUAAAAGAACGUCUGUAACAAAAAGGCAUUCUCCACCGGCUCUUACCGCGUAAUCGUCCCGAUCGAUUCACCUUGUGCUUAUUCUUCUACAAUGGAAGCUUUAAUACCAGUAAUAAAUAAAUUACAAGAUGUAUUUAACACUCUCGGUUCAGAUGCUAUACAAUUACCUCAGAUCGUCGUACUUGGCGCACAGAGUUCGGGAAAGUCAUCUUUAAUCGAAAGCCUGGUUGGACGAUCUUUUUUACCACGCGGCACCGGUAUAGUUACUCGACGUCCUUUAGUACUGCAACUUAUCUAUUCGCCUAUAGAUGUGGUAGACGAAAAUAGAAACGCAGAGAACGGAACGUGCGAUAUGAACGAGUGGGGUACAUUUUUACACGCGAAAAAUAAAAUUUACAGAGACUUCAAUGAUAUUUGUAGAGAAAUUGAAUUGGAAACAGAGCGCAUGGCUGGAACCAACAAAGGGAUUUGUCCAGAACCAAUCAAUUUGAAGAUAUAUUCGACGUCUGUUGUUAAUCUCACGCUCAUAGAUCUUCCUGGUAUCACAAAGGUGCCAGUCGGCGACCAACCUGAAGAUAUCGAAAGCCAAAUACGCCAACUUGUAUUAAAGUACAUAUGUAAUCCUAACUCUAUUAUAUUAGCUGUCGUCACUGCCAACACGGACAUGGCUACGAGCGAAAGCUUAAAACUUAGCAAGGAUGUAGAUCCAGAAGGCAGGCGUACUUUAGCCGUCGUAACUAAAUUAGAUCUAAUGGAUGCUGGUACCGAUGCCAUAGAUAUAUUAUGUGGUAGAGUAAUUCCUGUAAAAUUAGGAAUUAUUGGCGUAGUUAAUCGUUCUCAGCAAGAUAUAAUGAAUAAUAAAAGUAUUAAAGAUUCAUUGAAGGACGAGGCUGCAUUUUUACAACGCAAGUAUCCUACGUUAGCGAACAGAAACGGAACCCCUUAUCUAGCCAAAACAUUGAACCGUUUACUUAUGACUCACAUCAGAGAUUGCCUACCAGAGUUAAAGGCGAGAGUAAAUGUGAUGGUCUCGCAAUUUCAAACACUGCUUUCCUCGUUCGGCGACGACGUGAGCGACAAGACGCAAACAUUGCUGCAAAUCAUUACGAAAUUUGCAAGCAGCUAUUGCUCAACGAUCGAGGGAACGGCUAGGAAUAUAGGAACGACGGAGUUGUGCGGCGGUGCACGGAUCUGUUACAUUUUUCACGAAACAUUCGGUCGAAGGCUCGACUCCAUUCAUCCGCUGGCCGGUCUGACGAAAUUGGACGUUCUAACGGCCAUACGAAACGCGACUGGGCCAAGACCUGCUCUAUUUAUACCGGAAGUCUCGUUCGAGUUGCUGGUCAAACGACAAAUUCGAAGACUCGAGGAACCAUCUUUACGGUGCGUGGAACUCGUCCACGAGGAAAUGCAAAGAAUUAUACUGCACUGCGGCACCGAGGUGCAACACGAGAUGUUACGUUUCCCAAAGUUGCACGAGCGCAUCGUCGACGUUGUUACGCACUUGUUACGACGGCGUCUUCCGCCUACUAAUACCAUGGUUGAAAAUUUGGUCGCCAUAGAAUUAGCGUAUAUCAAUACCAAGCAUCCAGAUUUUCAUAAAGACGCUGCUCUUGCGUCGUCUUUGCUAUCGAACGACACGGAUAAUCUUAAACGAAAUAAAAAGCUGGGUUCAUCCUCGAGCGCGUCAAGUACUAUAAUUCAAAACGACACAGGGAGUGUAAAGUCAGUUAACAGUCAAGAUGAACUGCCAACUUUUUCCGAGCAGAGUAAGGAGCAACAGGGCCAUCAGAAUCAUUGGUUAAGUAAUUUAUUGCCUCAGGAUAGAACCGAUUCGAUGAGCAAUUCGAUCGACGGUUCCUCCCCUAACACAAUUCCAACGAUUGAAAUACAGAAAACUCCGCAACAGAAAUCGAUAAACCUGCUUCCGGAGGUACCGAUGCUAACACCUCGAAAGCUCAACGAACGAGAAGAACGAGACUGUGAUGUUAUUGAGAGACUAAUAAAAUCAUACUUUUAUAUCGUACGAAAAUCUAUAAAAGACAGUGUACCAAAAGCUGUAAUGUAUUUUCUAGUCAACUAUGUAAAAGAUAAUUUACAAAGCGAGCUCGUGACUCAUUUGUAUAAGGCGGAUUACGCUCAGCAGCUAUUGAACGAGAGUGAGCACGUUGCUGUUAGACGCAAGGAAGCAGCAGACAUGCUGAAGGCACUGACUCAUGCUGGUCACAUUAUUAGCGAAAUUCGAGAAACACACAUGUGGUAACUGAACUUGUACACUACCUGUCCACACCGUCGCGUUCUAGUUCAACAUAGACAGUAACGGAUACUGCCAGUUCUGCGUGCAAGCUUCGCAUGCGCAAAGAAAACGAUAC